ACGUAAUUUCCUUUUGUUGAUCCACACCCUCGUGCUCUCAGAAAUUGUAUUUCUUUACUGAUGGGCAUGAAAUAAACUAACUAUUCAACAAUGCGAAUUGAAAAAUGUUAUUUUUGUUCGGGACCGGUGUAUCCCGGACACGGCACAAUGUUUGUACGGAACGACUGCAAGAAUUUCAGAUUUUGUAAAUCAAAGUGCCUCAAAAACUUCAAGAAGAAGCGCAACCCCAGAAAGACCAGAUGGACCAAGGCUUUCAGAAAAGCGUCUGGCAAAGAGUUAACUGUGGAUAACUGUCUGGAAUUCGAGAAGCGCAGAAAUGUGGCAGUCAAAUACCAGAGGGCUUUGUGGAGCAAGACUGUGGAGGCCAUGAAGGUGGUUGAGGGAAUCAAGCAGAAACGACAGGCGCGGUUCAUCUUAAACAGAUUGCGGAAGGGCAAGCAGCUGGAAAAGGAGGAGGCAAUACAAGAAGUAAAGAAGAACAUUCAUUUGAUCAAAGCUCCUCAUGCAGGAAAAGCCAAGAUUAUGGAGGAAAAGAUGGUGCAGAAGUUACAAGAAGAUGUGGAAAUGGAUGAUUGAUUGGACACGGGUAAAAUUGGUUCUCUUAACAGUUCUCUGCUGAAUCGUUGAGACUCGGAUGACUCUUUUGGAGACUAACUUCAGACAACACUCUAAACAUGUUAAGAUCCCCAGACUUCUUGUCAAACAGUGCCCAAUCCUGUAGGAAUAUGGAAGACUCCAGGAAUGACUAUAACAUGACCCACGGAAGCCAUGGUAUUAAAUACUUUCCAAACCAUGCAACUAAAUAAAAUGAUGUAUGUUGUCAAAUGCUGUAUUUGAUUAAAUCUUGUCCUACAAAAUCA